GUGGGGGUGGGUGGUGGGUGUGGGGGGGGGGUGGGGGGGGGGGGGGGGGGGGGGGGGGGGGGGGUUGUGGGGGUGUUGUUGAAGAACAAAACAACACCCACACCCACACCCACACCCACAUCCACACCCACACCCACACCCACACCCACCCAUACCCACACCCAAUGCUCACAUUAACUACAUUGAUCGACAUAGUUACAUUAAAUUUAUACCUUCGUGUGCCAUCUUGGAUUGUCUCGAAUGAGUCUUGGAUCGAGAUCAACGAUGUACGACAACAGAUUGAACUGAUACCUUCAACUUAUGUGCUACUUCCUAUUAGUCACUGGAAAACAAAUGAUCGUAUUAUGUAUAGUAUGGCUAUGAGAUUAUAUGUUGAACCGAUAAAUGAUAAUCCUCAAUUGGGAUCUAUUCUAUUUGGACCUAUUGUUCUUGGUGGUUUGACUACAAAAUCAAAAACAAUACAGCGUGAUAUGAAUCUUAUUCGAACAUUAUAUUCUACAGUUCACGAACCAAUUCAGUUCGAAGCAACAGCUCUGGAUAAUUCUACUUUCCGAUUGUUGCCUCUCUAUGAAAUCGUCAAUGAAACCUAUACAGUUUAUUUUCCACUUAGUUAA